GGAAUAUGGGCUUGGGGCGCUUUGUCCUGCUACUCACCGCACCGCUUGUCCUUUUUUGUCCUGCUACUCUCUUCUCAGGCAGCUGGACGUAUAAGUAAGGCCCCGUCUCCCCAACAUUUAUCCUUCUCCUUGUCCACCAGGACCCAGGUAACGUCACCUAAACACGACGCCUGUAUCUCGUCCGUCGUGCAACGCGGACGACAACGUGUACAUCACGUGACCCUCGAGUGAGGGCUCGGGGUUGAGAGCUUCACCAGGUCUAUGUUGGUUGGAAGAGGAUCACUUGUUCGUCUUGUUCUUCCCCUUCGACAGCAACCUUUUACACACCGCUCCCUUUUUCUUGCAGCGCCAAGACCACCUGCCUUCUCAAACAAGCCCGCUCCAAGGCCAAUCAGAUUCAGCAACAUGUCGUCGGCCGCUCCCGAGGAGAGCGAGGCGCAGAAGCACAGGGAUGAGGUGACGGGCGAGAUGGUCUCCAAGAGCGAGCUCAAGAAGCGGCAGAAGCAGAGGGAAAAGGAGGCCGCCAAGGCCAAGAAGGCUGCGAGUGCCCCCGCUCAGCCUGCCGCCUCGGCCAACGCAGGUUCGAGUGCGCCCAAGCAGGAGGAGGAGCUGGACCCGAGCAAGUACUACGAGCGCCGGGUGCGCGAGAUCCAGAAGCUGCGCGAGACUGGCAACCCGGACCCGUACCCGCACAAGUUCCACGUUUCCAUCUCCCUCACCGACUUCAUCGAAAAGUACCAGGACCGGGUCGAGGCGGGCGAAAAGGUGGAGAACGAGGGCGAGGUGUCGAUUGCCGGACGGAUCCACAACAUGCGUUCGAGCGGCACCAAGAUUCGCUUCUAUGACCUCCAUGGAGAGGGCGUCAAGGUCCAAAUCACGGCACAGAUCCAGGACCACAAGGACGGUGACUUUGCCCAGACCCACGACCUGCUGCAGCGCGGUGACAUUGUUGGUGUCAUGGGCGUGCCAGGAAAGACGAAGAAGGGCGAGCUGUCCAUCUUCCCAUCGAGCCUCAAGCUCCUGUCUCCCAACUUGCACCUGCUCCCCAAGGCUCCCGCCGGUGCACAGCAGAAGGGCGGCCUGACCGACACGGAGACGCGGCACCGCAAGCGAUACCUGGAUCUGAUCAUGAACCAGCAUGUGCGCGACAUCUUCGUCAGGCGAGCCAAGAUCAUCAACUACGUCCGCCGCUACCUCGACAACCUCGGCUUCCUCGAGGUCGAGACGCCGAUGAUGAACAUGAUCGCUGGUGGUGCCACGGCCAAGCCAUUUAUCACGCACCACAACGACCUCAAGCUGGACCUGUUCAUGCGCGUCGCCCCCGAGCUCUACCUCAAGGAGCUCGUCGUGGGAGGCCUGGACCGCGUCUACGAGAUUGGCCGUGUGUUCCGCAACGAGUCAAUUGACCAGACGCACAACCCCGAGUUCUCCAUCUGCGAGUUCUACAUGGCCUACGCCGAUAUGUACGACCUGAUGGAAAUCACGGAGAGCAUGAUCUCGGGGCUUGUCAAGUCCGUCACGGGCGGCUACAAGAUCAAGUACCACCCAGACGGCAAGGAUGUCGAGGGCGGGCGAGAAUACGAGAUUGACUUUUCGACGCCAUGGAAGCGCUUCGACAUGAUCAAGGAGCUCGAGUCGAAGCUCGGCGUCACUUUCCCCCCCGCCGAUACACUCCACAACGAGGAGUCGCGCAAGUUCCUCUCGGACCUGGCUGCCAAGCACAAUGUUGACUGCUCCGAGCCACGGACAAGCGCGAGGCUGAUCGACAAGCUCGUCGGCGAAAUCAUCGAGGUGCAGUGUAUCAACCCGAGCUUCAUCGUGGGCCACCCUCAGGUCAUGAGCCCCCUGGCAAAGAGGCAUCGGGACAUCACUGGCCUCUGCGAGAGGUUCGAGGUGUUUGUGGCCACCAAGGAAAUCUGCAACGCAUACACGGAGCUCAACGACCCUUUCGACCAGAAGGAGAGGUUCGAGGAGCAGGCCAGGCAGAAGGACCAGGGCGAUGACGAGGCCCAGGGCAUCGACCACGUCUUCAUCGAUGCUAUGGAGCACGGCCUUCCUCCCACCGGUGGAUGGGGCAUGGGCAUCGACCGGCUCGUCAUGUUCCUGACCGACUCCAACUCCAUCAAGGAGGUCUUGGCCUUCCCAGCCAACAAGCCCCUCCCUGCCACGAACGCCGCCCCCGCUGCUACUCCUUCUGCGGAGGCUUCGACGUCGGCUUGACUGGUUGGGCGCAACAUUUGAGAGAAUUUGUCUUUGUAGAGGUAGACAGAUCUUUUUCUCGUUGAUUAAAAAGGACGCCUCUGUUGAGGAAUAAAUAGAACAAAAGAAAAAAGGAUGGCCAAUGAAGCGAACAAAGCCUG